UACGAUUUAAAUUCAAAGCAACCAGGAAGUCGUAAUUGUUAGUCGAAUAUGAUCAUUUUUGAGAUACAGUGUAAUGUUUUAAUUGUAAAUAAAGAAGACAAUAAUCAAUAUUGAACCAGCUUACCGUUCAACAAAAUGUGCAUAACAAAUCGUUAAAGAUGAGGAUACCAUUUUACCAUAUUUGUAUUAUCUUUUUCGGAAAAACUUUUGCGAAUUCAGAAGCAGACCCUUGUGAAAAUUAUGACGUGAUUACUGAUGAUACAAGAGCUGUAAAUUUGCAGUUGGAUCUUGCAACGACAAACCCGUUCUCAGAUGACCGACUGAAAACAAAAUGGUAUAGGAUUACCAAUACAGUUGGCGAACAUAUGCCAACUGAACCACCAGGGGUCUUCAUGUGCAACACAUGGUAUCCGAUAUGGUUAAAUGGAACUAUACCAACAACUAACAUGACUGUUGUAACAGAAAAAGUAUGUAUGCAAACAUUUUAUGGUAUUUGUGACAGAACAUGGGACAUCAGCAUCAUGAAAUGUCCAGGAGAUUUUCUGGUAUACGAGCUAGUCGUGAGUCCUAUCAUCGACUCUGGUUAUUGUUUUGGCUUUGCCGAUGUUUGUCCUGAAGGACAGUCAUCUGAGAAUGGAAUGUCCCCAGGCUGUUCAGACAACUUCCCAAAUUUUGUGCUAAGACCGACAGUAGUAAGUGACCUUGCAGAGGGUAGACGAAUACGAGGCGCUUCAACCCUAGAGCCAGUGUUUAAAUGUACAUUUGCUGAAAUGACGGAGAGUUUGUUCUUCGACAUUCAUUGGUACAUAAAUAACAACAGCGUAGUGGCAUACAAGAACAUUGCAAAAGAAAGCUGGUUGAAUACUCAUCUGAGGCCUCAUGACUGGAUAACCACAUACUCUAUGAAUAUGCUGGUAAAAUGUAGUGUGCGGGCAAGGUUAGGACAAAGUGCAAUACCAAGUCCUCCUAUUGAAAGCGAAGAGAUAAUUGCAGGUGUAAUUCCGGAUUUAGAUCUAAAUUCAUUUGUUAAAGUCACUGAGGGGGAGGAGGUAAAUAUCAACUUAAGAUCAACAGUCCCAGUGGGCUGUAUCAGUAAAAGUCUCCAGAGUCAAUGCGAUCAUACCAUGUACAUAAGUCAAAUUAGUUCCAAUUCCAAUUCAAACAGAUGUAUUAACAACGUUGAAAAUGGUGAUUUAGCGUUUGAAAGAGAGUUCUGUGGUAUUACCAUACCUAGUAUUGGAUGGAAUAAUACAUUAAAUCUUAAAGUAACUGGCUAUGUGGACAACUUGUACAACGAACAUAAAACAAGGACAGCGAAAAUCCAUUUUACAUCUCUAAGGAAUAAUAUGGACCUAUCUGGUGCUUGGAAUCGCAUUAAUAUUCCAGAUAUAAAGGUUCAGAUUACUGAUGCUGACCACAAACUGACUGGAAAAGCUUGUUUAGCCUUUACCCUCUCCAACUUUGUUACGAUUGAUGGCAACGAGUAUUCCUUUCAAGGAGCAGGAGAAUAUGUUCUUUACCGACACAAGUCUUUACCGUAUUCGAUUCAUAUUCUAAAAUCAGCAUUUACGCCGAGUUCUACAGGUAUCUGUGGAAUAGCAGUUAGGAGUUUUAACUCACUUUUUGUACUCAGAACAUGUUAUACGAUCGGUCAAUACUACACAAAUGAAAAUGCUUGGACUAUUCCCUUAGUUCAGUAUAAACGAUGCAAUGAAAAUGACAUGAUAUAUCGAGAAACUGGUUCAGGAUAUAAGAUAAACUUGCCUAGUGGGACAGAAAUUACGUUUCAGUAUGAAAAAUAUUGGAUUAAAAAUAUUCUAGUUAAACCUUCAGUUCUAGACGACGGUAAGAUUGAUGGUCUCUGUGGGAACAUCGCCAGUGAAGAAACUGUAUUACCUUCAUGGAGAGUUUCGGAUGCCUCGCAACAACUGUUUAUUGAAAGGCCUCAGAUUGAUUCUUUUAUGCGUCCUACUCAACCGUAUUGCACAUGUAAUAAGGAAGCAGGUCCUACAGAUGACAUUUCAAAGUUUAACGACAUUCACUGCAAUUUGUCGGAACCUAUUAGGGUAGAAUCAUGCCGACAAGAGAAUCAACUAGAUGAGUCAAUUAUUGACGAGUGCACACUUUCAAGAAACAGAAGAAGCGUUUUCGCAAAUAGGAAGAAACGAACACUAACAGAUGAUAAAAAAGAGGUCAUCCCUUUGUCGUAUGACACUUCUUUUGACCCGAAUUAUAUCCCAGAGGAACCUUUAUGGGAAAAUUGGUCAGAAAUCGAGGCAAAAGCAUUUUGUGAGGAUUUUAUAAGCAACAUGGAAAUAGUUCGGUUAUGUGAACUUCAUUCGAGUUUCAACUUUGAAACUUUUACCAUGGCAUGCAUGAAGGAUAUCAAGCAUGGAGGUAAUACUAACUUUGCUAACUGGAUGGUUGAGAUUAUCAAAGAUUACUGCUAUGCUGAGCUUUCACGCAAUGAAACUAUCAUGUCAAUGACAGCAGAAAAUGGAGGGAGAUUAUAUGAUGAACUGUUAAAUGAAUUUUGUCCUAUUGGAUGUAGAAAUCAGCAAAACUGUGUGAAUGGGAAAUGCAAAAUGUGCGAUUCGAAUGAUAAUAUUGGACAUGAUUGCUUAGCGAAGAAAUCGGAGGGCCCGAAAGAUAUUCUUAUUCCAGACAGAGGCGCAUGUAAUAUCAGGCAAAGAACUUGUUUGGAAACAGACAUAUAUGGAGAGUUUAAGUCAACAACAUUGUACUGCAAGUUAAAUAGAUUUAAAAUAACUGAAAAUGGCAUUGUGCAGAACAUCACGUCUAUCAUUUUGCCGGGGAAAUACAACAAUGUACAUAGUAUUUCUUGUCAAAUUCCUUCGCAACGGAGAAAAAGAUCGACAACAGAACUCGCAGAGGGGUAUAUAAUAUCAAUCUCCUAUGAUGGAGAACAUUUUGGGGACAGUGUUUCCUUUUUGAUUUACGAUGAAAACUGUGUAACCUGUGAGGUAUCAACAUUAACUUGCAAUGUCGUGAAUCAAUACGAAGAAUGUAUGCCGACUUCCAGUACAGAGAAUCCUUUUAUUACAAGGACCACCAAUAGAGUUCCAGGAAAGAAAGAAAAGAUAGGAAUUCUAAAUAUUAUUUCCAUAGGAACUGCUGCUUUGUGUGUUUGUCUGUUAGUCAUCGUUGCAUUUUGGAUAUUGCAUAAUAAGAAGAAGCAAAAAAGCAACAGAAAAAUAUCAUAUCUUGACAAAACUGCAGAGAAUGGCAUCUGGAAUAGCGAAAAUAUGUUUUAUCGUUUUUUUGACGAUAAAAGAUAUGUUGAAUCGGAAAGUCCACCGCCUUACUCAAGCCGUAGAGCUUCACUUAGCAGUCAGAACAGUGCGUAUCUAGUUGGUUCACUUGCAGAAAAGAAAACACCAGUCGGUCUUUUUGUUAUAAAGUAAGACAACACAAACGUCCGAUGAAUCUUUUGUAAAUAUAUUUUAUAUAACAAUAUCUUUUCUAAAACAUAUUACUUAUAUUUGUUCAUAUCGUACUUUAUGUCGUUGUACGAUUCUAAUUUUAUUAUUCAAUGUAAGCUACUUCAUGACCUAAACAUAUUUUGUAAUUUUUUAUGGGUUUAUCAUGAAUUGGUACAUUUUGUAAAAUUGCAGUCUUAAAGUAUUUUGCUUUGAUUUAGUGCCUUUUUCAAAUUCUUUAAUUAACACUAGAAUAAUAUUUUUUUUUAUCAGCGUUAUCGUGUAGUGUUAAAAAUCAUUGCAAUUUUUUAGAAUUGUUCAUAAAGUGGUUUUAAAUAAGAGCAGGGCCAACAAGAGCCGUCUCUGGUCAACUUCCUAAAUUUAAUUUAUCGGUAUUUUGUCAUGCUGUACGACGGACCUUCUAAGUUUAUGGUACUUUAAGUCAAUCUCAUAUCUUAUUUCGGCUAGCAACCAAUAUAAUGGUUUUGAUACACUCAAAAAUUGCUUAAUAUACAGCUUUAAUCUACACUUGUAUUUAUGUUUCAGAAUUAACCUGUUUGAUACGCAACAUAUUAUAUAUGGAUAAACUGGCAAAAUCAGUACCAUUAAUCCCUAGCAACAAAGUAUUGUACACAAGAACUGCAAUGAAUUGUCUAUUUUAUAAGAUUCAACUGUAAUAUGUUGAAUCAAAAAUAUCAUUCAAGAUCCUAGUAAGAAGUAUCAAACUACAAAGGAAAUAUCAAGGAAAACAAAAUAUGCUCAAUAUCAUGAACAUUAACUAUUUCCAUCUAUUUUAUGAAACAUCCCAACAAACUUUUAAUAUUUUUUUUCUUAUUUCUAAUUUUGAAAAUAAAAAAUUCAACUCUUGAAUGUGAAUCAUUUUAGACGGGUUUCAUUCAUUUAAGCUUUUCAACCAAAACUCAAUGGAAGUGAGAAUACAAAACAAUGGCAUCGUGCAUCUGAGCUUAUUUUCAUUCAAAUUGGUAGGAUUACAGUUAAGAAACAUAUUAAACUUAUUAUCAAUUCGUAAUUUUAAGAUUAUGACCUAUAUAAAACUUUUUACCAAAUCAUUAUAUCCAAAAACUCCAAUGAGCCAUUGAGUUUAAAAAAAAAAUAUAUUUGAAAUAAGUAAUCUUUGACUAUAAUUUCUUUUAUAUUUCCGUCAACAAUAAUAGGGAAUUUUGAAAAUUGUAUCUUCGGUAUAGAUUUUUUUCUUGUUUAAUGAAUUCUACAAAUAAACCUAUGAAAUGGCUACUUUUAAACACAGAAUAGACGUUAAAAUAUUUUGAAACACUUAGACUUUCCUAUAGUAAGGAAAGAUAACCUUAGCAGCAUUAGUUCAAACCUUUCAAAAUUGUUUAUCCUGAAUGCUCUUCAACCUUCGACUUUAUUUGGUCUGUUGAAAUUUAACAUUGCCAUUAGAGCGCGAGGUUAGCUAGCCGCAAAACCAGGUUCAACCCACCAUUUUUUUAAAUGUCUUGUACCAAGUCUUGAAAAUUACCAUUGUUAUAUUAUAGUUCAUUUCUGCGUGUGGUACAUUUUAGUGUUGUGUGUCUGCUGUAUCGUAGUUUUUCUUUUAUAUUUAGAUGUUUGUCCAUCAGUUUUAGUUGUUACCUUGAUUUGUUGUUUUUUUCUCUCAACCGAUUUAUAAAUUUCGAACAGUGCAUUACUAUUGCCUUUAUUUAUAAAUUUGAGCUUUCAAAAUUUCGGUGAGUAAUUUAUGGACGAAAAGCGCGUCUUGAGUACAUAUGUUCAAGCUUAGUAUGUGUGAUGAGUUUAUUUUUUAUAGUAUAUUAGUAUUUAAUUUCAUUUUUAAUAUUUUUGUAGUGAGAUUCUAGUAUAGGUAAGGAAAAAUAAAUUAUCCACUUGCAAAUAAGAUGCAUUCAAAUUAAUAUUUUGCUAUUUUGUUGUAACAAUACGUUGUAUAUAUAUAUAUAAUUAUUCACUUUUUCUAGAUCUGUUUUGAUAUAUUGUAAUUCAUUUGAUAUUUCAAAAAUAUUUUUUCGUUGGUUUGACGCUUUUG